GGGACUAAAGUUUGAAGUCAGUCGGCAGCUGAACGUUGUACGCAACAGACUGUGUAACUCUUGUGUGUUGAAUUUUAAAAUCCACCAAGAACCAAAGUGCCUCUCUUUGAUCUUUUACUUCUUGCAUAUAUACAUGUCAGCUGUUGAUAUUUUAUCUGCCCAAGUGAAAGUAAAAUUUUUUUCUUUUUUUUUUGUAAUUUCCCACCCAAAUCCUCGAAAAGACUUUCGCUUUCCCUCGUGUGUGUGUGUGUGUGUGAUCUAUAGAUCAUUUUCAUCAUUUAUUAAAGGUGUUGAAUUAAUUAUUCGAUUUGUUUAUGGAUUAAUAAAUUUUGUUGACUAUAAUUAUUAUAAUUUACAAUUAUUGUAAUUGUAGAUCGAAGUGCAGUGAUUUUUGAAGAGAGAUCCAGAAAAAGUGUCGUUAAAGCGUCGAUAGCUUGGAAUUUUUUUUCUUUUUUUGCCCCCAGGGUUAAAAAUAUAACACGCCCGCAUACUCUUUGGAAAAAAAAGGAACUGUGUAACACUCUUGAAAUCACCGGCUGUUCGAGUUUUGUAAUCAGCCGGAAAGAGGACACAUACGAUCAAAUAUCGUUCUUUCUCUCGUCAACAAAAAAAAAAAUCUUAUUCGCGAGAAGUUUGUAGAAAGAAUUAGAUCUUCGUACAAGGAGCCUUAUUAAAAAAAAGUGGUCUAAUUUUGAAAGCUAAUUUAUUUUUUUUAUUUAAUUACGAAAUCGAGAACUUUUUGCGACGCAUUUGGUUCCGGUUUGGAUUAUCGAUCCUUGGCCUUGCACGUGUUUCUGGCGUUUGCAAUUCACGUAAACUAUCUCUAGAUCUUCGAGGAGUAGACAUACGAAGGUCAUGUAACAGGGUCCGUCCGUUAUAUAGUGGAAAAUGUGUCAGUAGGAUAGACACGAUCCCGUUUUCCUCGACUCUCGCUAAAACUUUGAAUUUAUGUUUUUCUUGUUGAUCGACUUUUAUUUUCAUGUUGGACUAUUUUUUUAAAAAAAAAAUCAAUAUUUGUUACUAAAUUGAAAUAGAAAAUUACCAAAUAUCCGGAUUGAACUGCCUUAAGUUUUUUUUUUUUAAUGAUUUCUUAUAAGAAUCAAAAGAAGAAGAAAAAAAACUUUGUUUAUCAUUUUGUGAGAACGUAGCCAUUGACCGCAUUGCGUCACAGAAGACGAGUGAUCGCAAUAGUUGAUCAUAAUUAAUUAUCAACGUCAUCAUUUUGUGUUCUGACAAGAAAAUAAUAAAAAAGAGAAAGAAGUUUUUAGUUAUGAGAAUUGGAAAAUUCAAGUCGAAAUUGUUGUUUAAAAAAAUGCAUCGAGUGUCAUCUUGAUCUUUGGUGAACUUGAUCUUAACGAUCAAUAAAAAGACGAAUCAUUGUGAAGGAUUCGAUUUUUGUGUGCGUGUGUGUAUUGAGUGUUUGAAACUUAUCUCCAGAAUGAAAAAUCCGGAGCACGAGAGUGGCUAUUUUGAGGAUGGCAGCGACGUGGAAAUCGCUUCUGAAGAACAUCCGACUGGGGAGGAGAAGAAAUGGUGCUCUGAAUCCUACGGGCUUACCAAAGCUAUCAACGAAUUGGAUGUUCGAGAUUCACCCGCAUCUCCGGAUCCGGUUGUUGAGGAACACGAGUGCAAUAAAGUCAACUUAGCAGAGAGUGGAAAGAGAGUCGAUAUGACGCAUUUUGAUCUGCUUAAAGUCCUAGGAACAGGAGCCUAUGGAAAAGUAUUUCUUGUUAGAAAACGAAUUGGUACAGACGCUGGACGUCUAUAUGCAAUGAAAGUUUUGAAAAAAGCAUCUAUCGUCCAAAAAAAGAAGACGACGGAACAUACAAAGACUGAAAGACAAGUUUUGGAAGCUGUUCGAGAUAGUCCCUUUUUAGUUACUCUUCACUAUGCCUUUCAAACAGACGCCAAACUUCAUCUUAUUUUAGAUUAUGUCAGUGGUGGUGAAUUAUUCACGCAUCUUUAUCAAAGGGAACAUUUUGCCGAAGAUGAAGUACGAAUUUAUAUAGGAGAAAUUAUAUUAGCACUGGAACAUUUGCACAAGUUGGGAAUCAUCUACAGGGAUAUCAAAUUAGAAAAUAUACUUUUGGACCACGAGGGUCACAUUGUAUUGACGGAUUUUGGACUUAGCAAAGAAUUUUUACCUCAUGAAAGAGAUAGUAAUGCAAGAGCUUAUUCAUUUUGUGGUACUAUUGAAUAUAUGGCACCCGAAGUUGUGAGAGGUGGUUCCGCUGGUCACGAUAUUGCUGUUGACUGGUGGAGCGUCGGCGUUCUUACUUAUGAAUUACUAACUGGUGCCUCUCCCUUUACGGUCGAAGGUGAAAAGAAUACUCAACAGGAAAUUUCGAGGCGAAUUUUAAAAACAGAACCACCAAUUCCAAGUCAUUUGAAUCCCACGGUUAGAAAUUUUAUUACAAGACUUUUGGUAAAGGAUCCACGACAAAGAUUAGGCGGAGGACCAAGAGAUGCAAAAGAACUUAAGGAACAUGCCUUCUUUAAGAAAGCGCCAUUGCCAUUUAGUUGGGAAGCUUUAGAAAAUCGAACGAUCACUCCACCUUUCGUGCCUCGAAUUACACAUGAAUUGGAUACAAGUAAUUUUUCCGAUGAAUUUACAAAAAUGGUAGCUGCUGAUAGUCCCGCUGUUGUACCACCUAAUUAUGAUAAAGUUUUCCGAGGUUAUUCGUAUGUUGCGCCUUCGAUAAUAUUUAGUGACAAUGUAAUGAGUAAUGAUAUUUUUAAAGAAGCAUCAUCAAGAGAAAGUAUAGAGAAUCAAUUACCAACACCGUCUGAUAUUUUAGCUGCAUGUUUUGAAGAAUCGAGUUUUUUCAAAACAUAUGAAUUAGAUCCACGUGAAGGUGCAUUGGGUGAUGGUAGUUUUUCAAUAUGUCGAAAAUGUCGACAUCGACAAACAAAACAAGAGUACGCAGUGAAAAUUGUUAGUCGACGUGUUUAUUCAGAAAAAGAGGCAUCCUUAUUGAGAACAUGUCAAGGUCAUCCAAAUAUUGUGAAAUUAAUUGAAGUCCAUCAAGAUAGAGCACAUACAUACCUAGUCAUGGAAUUAUUGUCAGGCGGUGAAUUAUUUAAAAGAAAACGACCAUUCACCGAACAACAAGCAUGUAAAAUUGCACGACAACUUGCAUCGGCUGUGAAAUUUAUACAUUCACGUGGUGUUGUUCAUCGUGAUUUAAAACCUGAGAAUUUAAUUUUUGCCCAUUCUGGUGAUGAUGCGUCGAUUAAAAUUGUUGAUUUUGGUUUGGCACAAUUGAAACGUGGUUGCGAACCAUUACAUACGCCUUGUUUUACACUUCCUUAUGCUGCGCCUGAGGUACUUGCGAGACAAGGUUACGAUGAAAGCUGUGAUCUUUGGAGUUUAGGUGCCGUUUUAUAUUCCAUUUUAUCUGGUAAGCCGCCAUUUCCAUUGGCGUCCUCGGAUCUUGCAUCGAGAAUCAAAUCUGGUGAAAUCAAUUUCGAUGGAGAUGAUCUCAAUCACGUGUCUGAUACUGGCAAACAAGUAAUGAAAGGCCUCUUGACAACAGAACCAAGUAAAAGAUUAUCAGCAUCGGCACUUGUUUUUCAUCCAUGGCUGGCGGGUAAUAAUUCCAGUUUCGAUGCUUCCAGUUCGGAGCCAAUGUCAAAUAGCAGCUCAAUUGAUAAACAAGAAGGAUUUCGUUUACGCGAAGUCGACGGUGCUAAACUCGCUCAACGUCGAAAAUUACAUAAACGCUCGACUUCCAGCUCUGUGUCUUCGACUGCAUCGACAACAUCAAGGUCUUCCACCAUCUCCUAUCAGCAGCAUCUACAACCUCCAAGUGCCACAACAACAACAACAACAACAACAAAAUCUUCAUCUCCCGCUCAACCAAAUGCAUUCGAUUUUCGUGAUGAAAAAGUUAGUGAAUAUCUCAGUUCACUAUCAUCGUCAUCCGAUUCAAAUUCACCUGGAAAUUAUCGACGUGAAACAAGAAAUAGUGAUGAGCCAAAAGUCAAAAGACGUAAACGUGAUAUGGAUGUGAUUUGUGAUGAAAUGAAUAAAUCAACUGGUCCUGUGACAAGAUCAAGAAAACGUAAAUUAGAACAAAGUGAAUCUGAUAGUUCAGCUGAAUCAUCACCAGAGGUAGUGCGACUUUGUAAUAAAAAAGAAGUGAAUAUUCAUCGUAAACAAAAAUCGGGAAAACGGCCCAAACGCCUUGCCACAAUAAUAGUUGAAUAAAUUUUUUUACUGCCUUAAUGCAGCGAUUCAUCUAGUUUGCUAUAAUGCAUUUUUUCAGUGACGUAUAAUAAAAAAAAAAAAAAAAAAAAAAUUAAAAUAAUAA